AUGCAGGAUGCGCAGAGCGGGGUCCAGGAUGCGCAGAGUGGGUGCAGAAUCGGUGCAGCGGGGUGCAGGGUGUGCACAGAGAGGGGUGUAGGGUGUGCACAGAGAGGUGCAGGGUGUGCACAGAGGUGCAGGGGUGCGCAGGGUGCCCGGAGCAAUAGCAGCGCCCGUGUCCCGGCAGGGGCGGAGCGGGAGCUCUCCGCGCUCCGCUGCGGUUCCUUUAAGGCCGGCGGGGGCGGCGGGCGCGAGGCGGCGCGCGCGGCUCGCGGGGGGUCUCGAUCCCGGUCCCGGUCCUGGUCCCGGUCCCGAUCCCGUCCCAUGUCCCGGCCCGCGGCGCCGCCCGGUUCCCCGGGCCGGCUCGGGGCGCUCAGCACGGCGCAGCUCCGCUCUCUGCUGCAGGACGAGCCGCGGCUGCAGCGAGCCGCCCGCCUCAGCAGGAAGUUCCAGAGCUUGCAGCUGGAGCGGGAAAUGUGUUUGGCUUCAAAUUGCACCCAGGCCAGGGUGAAUCUGUCCCUCCGCCCUCGGCUGGAGGAUGGGAAGGCUUCCCUGGCCAUCAAGUACCAGGAGCUGCAGGAGAUCCGAGAGGCAUGUUGGGAGAAGCAGCAGCGCCUGGAGGCUUACCUGGAGAAGUGGAGCCCACAGAGCGCCCUGGGCCAGCUCCAAGCCAAGCUUGAUGCCUCCGAAGCAGAAUCAGAGGCACAGAUAAAGCAGUUCCUGACUCAGGACCUGCCCCUCGAGUCCUUUCUGGAGUCCUUCUGCCAGAGCCGCACACGCUCUCACAUCUGCCGGACACAGCUGGAGAAACUGCAGGAGCUGCUGCAGAAGGACCGGGUGCAGAAGGACCAGGUGGGCAGGGACCCUGUGGGGUGCCCAGGUGCCCCAACUAGCAUGGCACCAUCCCACCUUGCCCCAUUGCAGAAUGGAGUAGCCCCCAAAGCCUUUGAUCUCUCCUACGGCUUUGUGCCUGCCUUCCUCAUCCCCUCGGAGGCUGCUGUGCCCUUUCCUGUGCCGGCCGCACCUCCCAAGCACCAUCUCCCAGCCCUGGGACAGCAGCCAGCAUCUCCCUGCUCCGAAAUUCCCAGCCUGGGCUCUCCCCUGCGCCUCGUUGGACACAUCCCCCUGCUCAGUCCCCAGCCCAGCUGUGGGCAGCAGCAGCCACAACACCAGCAGCAGGAGCCUCCCCACCGGUAG